GUGUGUGGUAUUUAGCGGGAGCGCGCCGCGGGCUCGAGGACGCGCGAAACGGCGGCAGUGGCGGCGGCAGCCAGGGGGGAGCCGCGGCGGCCGUUGCGGGGCGCGCUCUCGAGCGGCGGCGGCGGCGGCGGCGGCGGCCCAGGGUGUCCCGUCCGACUCGGCGCUGGGAAGAGGCGGUGGCGCAGCCCACGGUGGCGGGCGGCGGCGGCGGCGGCGACGGCGGCGGCCACGGAGCGCGUUUGAGCCAGGACCGGGGUCCGAGGCGCGCUCUCCGCCCACAGAAAUGAGCCGUCAAACUGCAACAGCAUUACCUACUGGAACUUCAAAGUGUACACCAUCCCAGAGGGUGCCUGCUCUGACUGGCACAACUGCAUCCAACAAUGACUUGGCGAGUCUUUUUGAGUGUCCAGUCUGCUUUGACUAUGUGUUACCACCCAUUCUUCAGUGUCAGAGUGGCCAUCUUGUUUGUAGCAACUGUCGCCCAAAGCUCACAUGUUGUCCAACUUGCCGGGGCCCGUUGGGAUCCAUUCGCAACUUGGCUAUGGAGAAAGUGGCCAAUUCAGUACUUUUCCCUUGUAAAUAUGCCUCUUCUGGAUGUGAAAUAACUCUGCCACACACAGAAAAAGCAGACCAUGAAGAGCUCUGUGAGUUUAGGCCUUAUUCCUGUCCGUGCCCUGGUGCUUCCUGUAAAUGGCAAGGCUCUUUGGAUGCUGUAAUGCCCCAUCUGAUGCAUCAGCAUAAGUCCAUUACAACCCUACAGGGAGAGGAUAUAGUUUUCCUUGCUACAGACAUUAAUCUUCCUGGUGCUGUUGACUGGGUGAUGAUGCAGUCCUGUUUUGGCUUUCACUUCAUGUUAGUUUUGGAGAAACAGGAAAAAUAUGAUGGUCACCAGCAGUUUUUUGCAAUUGUACAGCUGAUAGGAACACGCAAGCAAGCUGAAAAUUUUGCUUAUCGACUUGAGCUCAAUGGUCAUAGGCGGCGAUUGACUUGGGAAGCGACUCCUCGAUCUAUUCAUGAGGGAAUUGCAACAGCCAUUAUGAAUAGUGACUGCCUAGUCUUUGAUACCAGCAUUGCACAGCUUUUUGCAGAAAACGGCAAUUUAGGCAUCAAUGUAACUAUUUCCAUGUGUUGAAAUGGCAAUCAAACAUUUUCUGGCCAAUGUUUAAAACUGUUGCAUUCAAUUUCACAGAGGCACCCAUCUGCCUGCCAACCUGAAACUUUUGGUAGGUAGAAACUAGACACACAAAGUAAAUAAAAGAAAAAGGCUGUUAAAUACAGGAAACAGUUGCAUGUAGUAACACUAAUAUAUUUAAAAAUAAGUCAACAGUAAACCACUGAAAAAAAUAUAUAUAUACACCCAAGACGGGCAUCUUUUGUAUUAAGAAAGGAAGCAUUGUAAAAUAAUUCUGAAUUUGUGUUUGUUGUAGAUUGAGUGUAAUGUUGAAAAUAUUGGGAUUUUUGUUUUGUUUUUGCGUGUGUGCGUGUGUGCCUGCGUGUGUGUGUGUGUGUGUGUGUGUGUUUGUGUGUGUUUGCAGGUGUGGGUGUGUGUAUGAGUGUGUGCAUGAGCACACACUUCCCUUUAACUGACAAGCCAUGUUGAGUGGUCUUGGACCAUUGCUUUUCCCCUUUGUGAGUCAAUACAUAGUGCUGCUGUGUGUAUUUUUUUUCGUGUGUUUUGCUAAUUUUUAUUAAUUCUAGUUUUUCAUUAAAUAAAGUUGACUUUCUUUUCUGUAAUUCAGUUUUUUCCCUUUUUUUUGUACCUUUUUAAAGUUAGUGUCUUUUUGAUAUGCAUAAUUGUUCAUGGCAAAGUUUAUACACGUUUUCGUACAUAUUUUCUUCCCAUUAAUCAGUUCAUUAGGAAUAUUACAAAUUCAGCUAUUUUAUGAAGAUACGCAUUCCAUAAAGGAAAGGUGACAUGGGAAGAAUUACCAGACACUCAAAACAACAAUAAGAUUGUCUUUUUGUUUUUUUCCUCCAGUUCAGAAACACUUUCAAACUUACUCUUUGAAAACUUAGGGAAUACUAUUAAAAAAUAGUCAGGUGUUCCAACCCCCAGUAUCUUGGGUAAAUCACAUGUUUUAAAUUUGUUCUUGUAUUGGUUCAAAAAAAGCAUCAUUUAACACAGUGUUUGUAAUUAAAAGCAAAUCAUUUGUUAUAAAAAAAGGCAGUUUGCAAAAAAUGUUUUUGGUCUUUUAUAAUUCUCAUUAAAAGAAUAUCUGGCAAAUAAAAUA